GCGGGGCGAAGCGGGGACCGGUCCGGUUCGGCUCCGCUCGGCCCCGCUCGGCCCCGCUCGGCUCCGUUCGGCCCCGCUCGGCCCCGCUCGGCACCGCUCGGCCAUGGCGAGGCGAGCGGCGGUCGCCGCCGGGCCACUCGGGGACGAUUUCUCCUUCGUGAGCCCGGUGGCCAAGUACGUGCUCUUCUUCUUCAACCUGCUCUUCUGGGUGAUCUCCAUGGUGAUGGUGGCCGUGGGGGUGUACGCCCGGCUGCUGAAGCACGCAGAGGCGGCCAUGGCGUGCCUGGCGGUGGACCCUGCCAUCCUCCUCGUCACAGUGGGCGUCCUCACCUUCCUCAUCACCUUCUGCGGCUGCGUCGGCUCCCUGCGGGAGAACAUCUGCCUGCUGCAGACGUUCUCCGUCUGCCUGACCGUCAUCUUCCUCCUGCAGCUGGCGGCCGGCGUGCUGGGCUUCGUGUUCUCUGAUGAGGCCCGCGGGAAGGUCAGCGAGAUCAUCAACGGGGCCAUCGUGCAUUACCGGGAUGACCUGGACCUGCAGAACCUCAUCGAUUUCGGGCAGAAGGAGUUCAGCUGCUGCGGGGGUGUCUCCUACAAGGACUGGUCCCAGAACAUGUACUUCAACUGCACGGCCUCCAACCCCAGCCGCGAGCGCUGCUCCGUGCCCUUCUCCUGCUGCCUGCACGACGCCGAGCAGGCCGUCAUCAACACCAUGUGUGGCCACGGGAUGCAGGCCAGGGGCUACCUGGAGGCCAGCGCCUUCAUCCACACCAACGGCUGCAUCGACAAGCUGGUCAACUGGACCCACAGCAACCUCUUCCUGCUGGGGGGCAUCACCCUGGGGCUGGCCCUGCCCCAGCUGGUGGGCAUCGUCCUGGCGCGGCUCCUCAUCAACCAGAUCCGCGACCAGAUCAAGCUGCAGCUCUACAACCAGCAGCACCGGGCAGACCCCUGGUCCUGAGCCCAGUUUGUCUGUCUGUCU